AUGGAUACCAGCCCUCAUAUUGUACCAGACACGGAAGAGCUCAAGGCCAAGUAUGCAGAGGUAGCUGCCUUGAAGAAAGCGAUCGAUGAAAAAAAGCGAGCAACUUCUUCUAAGCGAGUUGCUCAUCAUCAAGCAUUUAGAGUUUUUCCAAACAGAGGCAACAUCAGAGGAAGAAGAGGACUUUUUAGAGGAAGAAAUUUUAGAAAUUCGACACCUUCACAUAGAAACAUGACUUUAGUAUUUAGUAACGGGGAUGAAGAUAAAGAUAACUUAGAACAGAAACCGGAAGGACACUCUUAUAUCUCUGCUGUUUCAAAAAGCGGGAUGACAUUAGUCAAAAGGAAUUUAUAUGAGAGAGACCAGGGCAAAAUUGUUAGCCAAAUAGAACAACUGAAAGCUGAAGAAGAAAGAUUCAAGAGGCAAUUACGAUUAAAUAACAGAAUCUCUAGAAAUAGAAAGAAAACGGAUAGCUGUGAUAGGAUAUCCAUCGAUGGAGAUAAGUUUGCGGUUUCAAAGCAAGCAGAUAAGUUAAUUCCUAUAACUAAACCUAUUCAUGAAGAACUUAAAACAUUAGUGUGGAACAAUAAAUCUUAUGAGAGAAAAGAUAAUGGGACGUAUAAGUGUCAAAGUCGGAGGCAGAUGAGGUAUGUAACCAGUUCGUUAAAUUGUUUUCUAUCAACUAACAUAAGCAGUACUGUGGCUGAGCAAUGUCGAUAUCUCACAAGAACAGGAAUUUGUCAAAAAGGCUCACACUGCAAGUAUCAGCAUUCAAAGGAGCAUAUCAGGAUAUGCCGCUCAUAUCUAAAAGGUGCUUGUCGAAAUAAGUUUUGUCUUUUAUCUCAUAAUAGUGACGAGUUCAACACACCUUUAUGCAUAUAUUAUUUGGAAGGAAGAUGCACCAAUAGCAAUUGCAAAUUUAUUCAUCACAAGCCUGACCAUUACGAUGAUCCAAAGUACGAGAUAUGGGUAUGUAGGCCUUUUGCAGUAGGUGGUUGGUGCGGACGCGGUUCCCGAUGUCCAUUUCUACAUUUAUUCAUUUGCCCUGAUUUUGAAGAAGAUGGAUCUUGCAUUAAGGGACAGUCAUGUCCAUUGUCUCACCAAGUGACUGUGCGAACUCAAGAGCAGAUGUUGACUAAAAGCAAUAAAUAUGAACGACCCGAGUAUGAUGAUGUUUUAAUAGAGAAUAACGCUGAGUCAAAGCCUCAGAUUAUUAACAGUUACACAGUGGAUCCGGAACUAUUAUUCGUGGCAGGUAAAAAGGGUAAGUAUGAUAUAUAUAUUGAUGAACCGAACACGGGCCCCAAUAGGACUGAGACGACGAACGAAGAUUCAGCAUAUACUAUUCACUUUUCAGACUCGGAGGACUUUUCAUCAGAUAAUAGUUACAGUUCGGAAGAAGAAGAGAAGGUGCAAAAUGAAUUGGACAAAAAUAAAGAUUAUAUAGAGCUCUAA